AUGUCGUCCAAAACACCCGUCGUGGACGUCCACACCCACAUGUACCCCCCAGAGUAUAUCCAGAUCCUCGAAUCCCGCAACGACAUCCCCAUUGUGCGCUCGUUUCCGGGCACGCCCGACCCGCGCAUCGUCCUGCUGUCGACCGAGGUGACGCCCCUCAAGGAGGCCGAAGCUGCCGCCGCGCGAGGCGAGGCACAGACCGUAUCGUCGCUGCCGGGCCGGCCGCUGACGAGCCACUACGCCUCUGUUGCCCAGAAGCUCCACUUUAUGGACACGCACGGCAUUGACGUGUCUGUGCUGUCGCUCGCCAACCCAUGGCUCGAUUUCGUUGACAGCGACCAGGCCGGGGGACUCGCUGCCUCCGUCAACGCAGGCUUCUCGGCCAUGUGCAAGGCACACCCGGGCCGCCUGUUCUUCUUCGCGGCGCUGCCUGUCACGGCGCCGGCGCCCGUGCUGCUCCAGACCAUCGCCGACGUCGCCACGCUGCCCUACUGCCGCGGUGUUAUUUUGGGCACAGGCGGCCUGGGCCAGGGACUCGAUGACCCGGCCAUGGAGCCCGUUCUGGCCGCGCUGGCCGAGGCGGGGCUCGUGGUCUUCUUGCACCCGCACUACGGCCUGCCCGGCGAGGUGUGGGGCCCGCGUGGCGGCACGACCGGCGAGUACGGCCAUGUGCUGCCGCUGGCGCUCGGCUUCCCCAUGGAGACGACCAUCGCCGUGACGCGGCUCUUCCUGGCAGGCGUCUUCGACCGCCUGCCGAAGCUGCGUCUCCUGCUGGCCCACAGCGGCGGCACACUGCCGUUCCUGGCCGGCCGCAUCGACUCGUGCGUGCGUCACGACGCGCACCUGUGGAAGGCCGCCAAAACGCGCCGCAGCAUCUGGGAUGUGCUGCACGAGCAGGUGUACCUGGAUGCCGUCGUGUACUCGGACGUCGGCCUGCAGGCGGCCAUUGCGGCGUCGGGCGGUGCCAACAGCGGCGGGCUGGACCGGUUGCUGUUUGGCACGGACCACCCCUUCUUCCCGCCGCUCGACAGCGAUGAGCAGGGCCAGUGGGAGAGUGUCAGCAUGAACGCCGACGCGGUCAAGAACGCCCUGGGCGACGGCAGUGAGGCGGCCGCUGCCGUCAUGGGUGGCAACGCCAUGCGCAUCCUCCGCCUGUACAAGGAGGUUGCGGAGAAGGCGUAA